AAUUCAUAACGAAAUCAGAUUUAUGAGCGUAAAUGUGAAGUCAACAUUUUCCAGUCUGCUUUGUGUUCUUAUUCUUUAAUUGUCGUCUUCGUUUCGAGUUUGGUGAUUUCAUCAAAACUAUGCCUCUUUACUAUUCUGCAGAUCCAGAUCUAAUGUGGACUAGCGAUAGCGAUAGGAUUACUACGAUGAGUUAUACUGAAAAACAAUGGAUGAAAUUACUGGAAGAAAAUGAGUUAUGUAGGACAAGUAUGAAUAAAUUGAUAAUGAAUUACUUAGUAACAGAGGGUUUCAAAGAAGCAGCUGAGAAAUUUCAAGAAGAAUCUGGAGUUGCACCUUCCAUUGACUUACAUACUUUGAACGAAAGAAUAAAAAUACGAGAUUGUAUUCUUAAUGGCGCGAUUCAAGAAGCUACUGUCCUCAUAAACCAAUAUAACCCAGAAUUAUUGGAUAAUGACAGAUAUUUGUAUUUUCAUCUUCAGCAACUGCAUCUUAUUGAGCUUAUCAGGAACAACUUUAUAGAAGAGGCACUAGCUUUUGCUCAGAAUCAUUUGAGUGAGGCUGGGGAAGGUGAUCCUUCUGUUUUGGCAGAAUUAGAACGAUCAAUUGCUUUGUUAGCUUUUGAAGAUCCUAAAAAUAGUCCUUUUGGAGAUCUUCUAGCGCCUUCCCAUAGACAAAAGAUUGCCAGUGAAGUCAAUGCAGCUAUUCUCAAAUCUCAAAAUCAAGAAAACACAGCUCCUAAAGUUAGUACCCUCCUUAAACUGAUUUUAUGGGCACAGGAUAAAUUGUACAAGAAAAAUGCAAAAUUCCCUAAAAUGGUGGAUUUGGCAAAUGCAACUAUAGAGGAAAAAUAAACUGUUUUUGUUUCUCAUUGUGUUGAAUGAAAGUUUAUGAAUAUGUUGCAAAGCGAGGCCAGAAGUAAUUGAAAAAUAUUCCAAUUGAAAUUUUAUUUAAUUUGAAGGAAAAUUUUAAAUUUAAUUGCAACACAGGUUUUAAACAAUUGUGAUUAUCUAUGUUUUUGUUGAAUUUAUACAUCAUUACAAUAUAAUAUUUAAAAAGGAA